GCUCGGGAUGCAAUCAUUGAUGAAUGAGAAGUUCAUCCAUAGGAGGAAGUUGGCCUUUCCACUUCUUGAUGGAGGAUAAGAAGAAGAGAAGAACAAGUCAGGCACGUUAUUGGCUCUGGAUGCGACCAUUGAUUCAUGGGAACUCCAUCCAUGAAGGAGAAGCAGAGAAAGAAGGAGAAGAAGAAGAAGAAGAAGAAGAAGAAGAAGAAGAAGAAGAAGAAGAAAAAGAAGGCAGUUGUCACGUCGACUGCUCUUUGCUCUUCUCAGGUUACUUGGUCUAGCGAGUGGCUGGGCCGCAGGCGGGGGUGGGGUGGUCACCACUGAGGAGCGAUUCGGUCGGGAUAUGGCCGUGGAUCCCCCGUUCCCGCAUAUCAGCUAUGUGCCUAUACAAGGGAGAGACGGCGGAGGAGAGCGCAGUAGGAGGAGGGCAGAGAGAGUUGAUGGAUUGCGUGUUGAGUUAACCUCCAUAAGGAGUUGGGGGGGCAAAGGGGGGGGGGAGGAGGGAGAAGAUGCAGAUGCGGGAACCGAACGCCCCUCGUGGCGCCGCAGUACAUCUGCGGGCGGCGAUAGGGGUGCUGGAGAACUACUAGGUGUUGAGGGUGGCGGGGUGGUGUCGGGAGCAAGUGGAGGAGGAGGAGGAGGAGGAGGAGAAGGAGGAGGAGGAGGAGGAGAAGGAGGAGGAGGAGGGGUGGUGGUGAAUCCGAGUCCGACUGAUCUGCUGAAGGGCGAAAGCGCCAAGUGGACUGCCAUACCUGAUCUCGAUCGCUUUUUUGAGCGCGUGUAUCGCUAUUAUUGCGACAAAGGGUUCUGGUGUAUCUUGACUCGGUGGGUGGUCGAACUCUUGACCUUAGGAUUCACUAUUGUCUUUUCGGGGUUCUUGUUGUUGGGAGUGAAUUGGAGGCGGUUAUUCGAGGCCAAGUGUGGAGCCGCCGCAGCUGCGGCGGCGGCGGCCGCCGCCGCCGCCGCCGCCGGCGGCGGCGCAGCAACGAUUACAGGCAAGGAUGCCCCCCCGACGGCGGCAGACGAUUCAAGAUCCGCUGCUGCUGCGUAUGGCUACGUGAAGGGCGCAUCGCUUGGGGCUUGUGAUAUCCUCCACGUGGCGGUGGUAGAACAUCCGUUCAAGCCUAUGACUUUCCUCAAGGUUAUGGCCGUUGUGUACCUCGUUAUCUUCUCUGUGUAUUGGCUUUUCUGUUUCACACGAUUCUUUGUGCAGCUGAAGGAGACGCUUGAAGUACGGGACUUCUGCCACUCAAGGUUGGGAAUUACGGAGCGAGAGCUGCAGACGAUGAGAUGGUCGGAAUUGGUAGAUAGUGUGGUGCAGUUGCAGAAGCGACAGCGCCUAUGUAUUUUCCGGGAACUUUCUGCUCAUGAUAUCGUCAGCCGGAUCAUGAGGAGGGAUAAUUACCUAAUUGCAAUGUUGAAUAAAGGGAUUUUGGCGCUAAAGAUCCCUGGCUGGAUACCUGGGGCGACACCCGUUUCCUCGUCAGGUAAUCGGGAGCAUCAGGCUCGGGCCAAAAAGUAUGUUGUCUUGACGAAGACCAUGGAGUGGAGCUUGAACUGGUGCAUCUUGCAUAACGUGUUCGACAGGACUUUCUUGGUGAGAAAGGACUUCCUUAGCAAUCCCGAUGCGCUGAAGAAGCGGUUCAUGACGGUCGGAUUGUGCAUGCUCUGCAUCUCCCCUUUCUUGUUGAUCUUUAUGCUGCUUUACUUCUUCAUGCGGAACGCCGAACAAUUCUACAACCACCCAGGAACCGUUGCUUCUCGGCGGUGGUCCAACCUUGCAAAAUGGAAGCUGAGGGAGUUUAAUGAGCUUGAUCAUAUGUUCAAGCAAAGGCUAAAUGCAAGCUACCCGCAUGCGGUUCGCUAUGUGAAACAAUUUCCCUCUCCAAUACUUUCGAUGUGGGCCAAGUUCAUCUCGUACGUCAUGGGCGCAUUUGCCGCUGUGAUCCUGGGGAUAGCUCUCGUAGAAGAGUCUUUGCUCGAAGGUCAGAUUUAUGGCCGGAACCUUGUCUGGUAUGGCGCCAUCUUUGGAACGGUGCUUGCGAUCAGCAGAUCACUGAUUACAGAAGAAUACCAAGUGUUCGACCCUCAGGAGUCCAUGGAUGUGCUCGCACAGCACACACACUACAUGCCAAAGCACUGGCGUGGUGCCGCCGACACUGACGUCGUCAGAGCGGAAUUUGAAUCACUGUUCCAGUUCAAAGCAAAGCUGUUCCUGGAGGAGAUGAUGUCUAUAUUCAUUACCCCUUUUAUUCUUUGGUUUUCACUCCCCAAGUGUGCGGAGUGCAUUGUUGAUUUCAUUCAGGACUUCACUGUUUAUGUAGAAGGCGUCGGACAUGUCUGCAGUCUCAGUGUGUUUGAUUUUGAGAUGCACGGCAACAAGCGGUAUGGAUCGCCAUGCCACACAAGCAAGGACCGUCGGAGCUCCCAGGGGAAGAUGGAGAAAUCCUUCAUAAGUUUCAAGGCGAACUAUCCCAAUUGGGAACCAGGGGACCUGGGGAAGAAGGUACUGAAGACGUUGUCAGAGUUCCGGUCUCAUCAGGAGGAACUGGACGUCGAGCAAUGCGCGCAAGCGACUCACUUGUCGCAAACUAGCUGCCAUGACGUCGGUUCUCCAGCAGGGAGUCGAAGAUUUAUGCCGGUGUCGCGUAACUCGUUUCGCUCAGCUCGCGCGUUUCAGCCCCAGGAGAGCAGCGGGGAGGUCCCAUGGAAUGGAGCGGGGGACGGCUCCAGGCCUGCGGCAGGUAGCUUGUACCACCGGUUUCCUUUCGGAGACCCAUGGAGGAGUGGGGUGGGCGGGUACGGUGCAGCAGGUUCGUCUAGGCACUUGCAUGGGAGUGCAAUGGCUGGUCACUGCCCUUUCCCGACAAGUGCUACCGAUCAGUCGGCCUGGUUGCUCAAGUUAGACUCUGAGCAGAUCAUUCAGCUGCACUGGCUCGAUAGGUUGUACCUGGUGCGAUCGCAAGUGAACGACGCCGAACUUUGUCACGACAACGACGGGGAGCACAGAACGGGUGCAGAGCAGGGAAUGGGACCUGGAAUACCCCUGGCAAAAGAGGAGGUGGAGGAUGGGCCAGCCGACCAGGAUGACAAGGAUGCCCAUCUGCAAUCAUUAGAGCAGAGGAAAGGGGCUGUGCCCCGCCACCCUCUUCAUGUCGAGGCCUUCCGGAGAAGCCACUUCUUUCCAGCGGAUGCCGUGGAGGAAGACCGUGAAGAUCGCGGAGCUGAAGCAGCGGCCCACAUUAGCUCCGAUGACCUGAGACCUUCGCGUUCAGACCACCCUGCAGAGACAAGCGGAAGGAGUUAUGGGCCAUCCAGCUCGUGGAGGGAAGAGUACAGCGAAAGCCCCAGGGGACUGCUGACCGGAAUCACUCCUCUGCACACAGGUACUGCCGAUGAUCACUCUGGUUUGUUCAUUAAAGCAAAGUCUAAAAUAACGCGUCCGUUUCGUGGUUCUGUCGUUAUUGGGUCGACACCAUACACAGGCAAUAGGUUUAUGCCAUUGCUGUCUGAAGAAAGAGAGAGCCCGAGGAAAGCUGAUGAUGAUGAGAUAGAUUGGAAGAUGCAGCUAACAUUGGAUGAUGAUACAGGCUGACGACUCACAUUCACGGCGAAGGGGACACACGUUCCCUUGUCCGGCAGUCUCUAACUAACACCAUGAAGUAACCCGCAUUGUUUCACUACCUGUCCCCUCCCUACUCUCUCUCUCUCUCUCUCUCUCUCUCUCUCUCUCUGUCUCUCUCUCUCUCUCUCUCUGUCUCUCUCUGUCUCUCUCUCUCUCUCUCUCUCUCUCUCUCUCUCACCCCGCCCGCCUUGUCUCUGUCUGGCUGAUAUGUGUUUCUGUCUGUCUGUUGGUCUCUCUUUCUCUGUCUCCCUCUCUCUCUCUUUCACACACACACACACACACACACAUCUAUUUUUCCCUCCUUGUCUGGUCUAAUCCUGCACGAUGUAUAGCAUACAUGCGACGGAUAUGCACAGUUACUUCCCUCGCUGGUACGUGAUAGCUCCUGUUGUUGGGGCUUUGACGAAAUAGCGUCUGUAGGUAUUUGUGGCGGAACUGUGCUCUGGGGAAAGCUCAGCUCCACAGGUAAACUAUGGUCAUUGUACAGUUGUUUCUUUCUUAGAACAUAUGAAUAGGCACUUGCAGUUGUAGUAUAUAAGGCAUUUGGUUUCUUAUCGUCCACUGGCAAUCACGCAUAAGGUUGG